AUGGCAGCAGGUGUGAUCAAGAACAUGUCUGAUUUUAGACUAGCACCAACCUUUCAGCUUCCUUUUCUGAACCUCAGUGUUCACCAGGACAUGGAUUUCCAGGAAACAUCUGAAGAAGAGGAAGAAUUAGAAGAUGACGGUGAAGAACGGGAAUCAGGAUCUAUUAGCAAAUGCAUUGAAAGUGAAAACUGGAGUGCAGCAUGUGAGUUGUUUACUCCUGUAGCAAACAACACUGAAACCACAUUGCAGCUACUAAGGUUUACUGAGUUAAUCAACAAUGAUAUUCAGAAGUACUUUGGUAGGAAAAGCAAAGAUGAUGAUCCUGAUUCUUGUAAUAUUUAUGAAGACAGGUUUUAUUCUGGUAAAUCAGGUAGAGAGCUAUACUAUGCAGAUCUAAUAAAAAUUGCACAAGAUGGAGAUCAAGAAGAGGAAGAACCACAUGUAUCUUUACUACCACCCAAAGAAAUAGACACUCAGGCACUGAAAUUAAUCUGUGACAGAGAAAGCAUUAAAAAAUUAGGUCCUCUAGCAGAACUUUUUGAAUAUGGUUUAUACAAAUAUAUGAAACCAGCAACCUUGAACAGGAGAGAUAGCAGGAUGCAAAAACUGGAUCGAAAAUAUGCCAAUGUAAUCCCAAUGCACAGACGAAGGCUUCCUUCAUCUUUUUGGAAAGAGCCCUUUUCUCUUGUGCCUGGCUGCAUCCUUCAUACAAGCACACCUGAUUUUAGUGAUCUUUUGGCCAAUUGGACUUCAGAAUCAAAUGGACAAGAACUCCAAGUUACGAGAGAAAUCUCAAUUGAAAUAAAUAGGCAGUCACUGGAAUCAGAACCUUAUCAGGUUGUAUAG